AUGUCCGACGAAUCCACACUCACACGUCCGAUAUCAACUCUUACAUCGACAUCAAAUAGGAAACGUACGGCUUCGACUUCAGAAAAGAAACACUCCGGUCGAAGAACAGCUUCAGGAUCAGCUUCAGGAUCUAGUGCCAACAAGGAGGGAUAUGGUGGUAAAGCAAGUUCUGAUUCGUUUGGGGAUAGCGGAAGAGUAAUGAAUGGCGAAGAGAAUAGUUGGGCGAGUCAUACAAGAACAACUGGUGUGGAAAAGGCACCCAGUUUAGAUGUCGAUAUUAGAAAUUCUCUCAUUCUCCCGUCUCUAUCCAAACAAUUCUCCGUACUUUUACCUUCGUUGUCAACUGCGCCGGAGGAGUCAUUACGUUCUCUCCUAGCUUCUCAACGAGCAAGACAUAAUGGACCAGCUCUGACGGAAGAAGAGGAAGAACUGCUUUUCGCCGAAAUCAGGGACGUCGCGCAAGAUGAAUGGGAUGGCAGACCACCUCAAAUGAAUGAGAACUGGGCUAGAGCAAAUUCUCAACUGAGUCCAACGCAAGGGAGAUUCGGUGGUUUAUCAACAUCGUACUCGUCACCUUCAUUACUUACCACUUCCACAUCCAGUCCAUCUAUUCCGUCAAUGUCAAAGGCCGAUGGGAAUAAUGGGCAAUCAUCUUCUGGUGGUUUCCCUUCUUCUCCUCCACCCACAUCGAAUUCGUUCUCUUCAUUCCAAACUUUCGGCGUUGCUUCUUCCCCAGAUACCCCAACUCACGCUUUACCCCCUGCAUCAGGAUUCAAGACUAAAUCAUAUGGAUUCAGUGGUGGAACAAGUAUGAGGGAAGCAGAGUAUAUAAGGAAAAUGAAGAAGUCAACAAGUCACAAAGAUUUAAAACAUAGUUCUGGUUCUUUAUCAAGUAGAAGAAGUGAGAAAUCAACAGGCACAACAUCAGAAAAUGGAACUCCUACAAGAGAUAACAUACCACUUCCGAAGCCUAUUUCACCUGAAAAAGCGAAUGCAUAUUAUCAACCCACAAAAAGAACUGAAAGUCCGACUGCUUCAGAAAGAACCGCAACUUCCACUUCAAGUGUAAGACCAAACGUUUCAUCAAAACCCAAGCAUGUCAAAAGUCAUUCAUUCUCUUCUGCUUUCAGUCCACCCACGCCUGAUUCGGGGGAGAGUCAGUCAUUCCCUAAUUCGAGCAAACAGCAGAAAUCGAAAAAAAGACAGUCUCGCUUGGCCGGCUUAACCCCUGCUCAAGUGAAACGGAUUUCCAUGGCUUUAGAAGAAAUCGGGGGUAAACUCAAGACAGGUAGCAUGGCUGUUCAAGCUGCUCCAACAUCGAAUGAGAGAACGAAUCAACAAACGGUGGACGAUGUAGAAGAAAUUUUGGAUUCGGAAUCUAGAAAAGCGUCUCAAGCCCGUGAUGAUGAUGACGAUAUCGAUCGACACAGAACACCAUCUGAUUUGCGAUCUGAAGAGUCAUGUCCAUCUGCUACUUCUUCAGUGUUUCCUUUCAACAUGUCCCCUACGAAUAGUACUUUUACUGGAACCAAUACUGAACCUUCCUCACCAUCUCGAUUACCUCCAUCACCUCGAACACACAAUCUCCUUGCCCACGUUGAAGAGCCACUUCCAUCUAUACCAAUGCCGGUAUUCACUCCCACCAGAAGUCAACCGGUCCGACAUCAACCUUCGUUAUCGAACUCCUCUACCAAAACCGUAUCUUCCAAUCAACCCGUCUAUAUACCUGGACAACCCAGACCGGUCAGAUUGACUCAUCACUCCCAAUCUAGUACUUCAUCAAGAUCAGCUAUACCAAAUAAUCAAUCUCCUCUAGAUGCUAUUCGAUCUGCUGUAUCACCCGAAAACACCCCUUCUCCUCUAAGUGGCAUGCCUGGUAUAGCGGCCAGGACUACAUCUCUUGAGAGAUCCCGCUCCCUUAAUCAAGCCCAGGUUACUCCCACUCGACCCGGUAUGUCCAUCACUGUUCAGGAAGAUAACGUGACAGAGUCAUACACUCGUCGCAGAGUUGGAACCCUCGGUGAAUCACCUAUGAGUCGACGAUUGUCCUCGUCUCAAAAUAGUAAUCCCUCCACUCCUGAUAUUGACAUGAUUCAAGAAGCGGACGAGCCAACGUCAGACCAAGAUGAUUAUUCCUCACGAGAACGAUCAGAAGAAGAUAUUUUGCCUCAAGUAAAACAAGUCGUCGGACGUCGAAAUGUGGCCAAUUCCCGUUCUACAUCGGAAGCAAGCGUGCAUCAACUUCACCAUAAUCUUGGAUUUGGUCUAGUACCCGGUCAAGAGCCUUUCGAAAGAGCUGUAUCUGCUCAGGGGAUGAUAGACGAAUCGACCCCUUCGACUUCAGCCCAAACGACUGCGCCACAAUCACCUACUCUGACUCUUCGAAGGGAAACAUCAUCUACCUCAAUAGAUUCAGAUUUUUCUGAAGCGUCAAAAUUUCCCAACGAUUUUAUAUGGGAGAACAUCCUCGAAAAUGGCACAGCCGAUAUAGAUACAUUAGAAGUCAAUACCAGUACUCCUUCCCAAAUGGGUCGAGACGUUGAGAUACUGAGAAAAAUGAGUGGUAUUGGAUUGGAAGAUAUGAUGUUGCUGCAAGAAAAGUUAGUCAAUAAAGCUAAAGCUGAAAGAGAGGCUUUACGAGGAGAUGUCGAAAGCAGCCCGACUGUUUCGUAUUCGCCAGCUAUGUCAGCAGAAUAUUUCUCUCCUAAUCAGCAAAUGCCGUUGCCCACUCGAAACGCGACAUCGCCCAUUGUCGAACGACCCAUCAGUCCUCCACCUUCAUCUUGGCGAUUUCCGCACAUUGAGACCCAACAGUCUUCCUCGCACAGCACAACACCUUCUCAAGACAAGACAACAUUACCUUCUUCGGUUGACACACAUAUAUUGACCCCGCCACUGACAGGAGGAAGUAUAGGUGAUAAUGUAUCAAGAUCCGUUUCAAAAUCCAGUCAAAUGAUGUUUCCGACUCGACCUGCACCACCACCACCCAGCCAACAACACAAUGAGACGCCUUCAGAAAUUGCUGACGACAUACAAACACCUCCUUCUGCUGAUCUCUCCCGUAAAUCAUCUUCUCGUGCUCACUACCGUUUACCCCUCGAACACGAUCCAGACGUCAGAAGAGAUUUCGAAGCACGUAUCGCUGCUGCUACAGCAGCUCUCAAUCGCACUCCAUCAAUUCAGGGUAAUAACAGCAAACUAGAAAGGAAGUUUACGAAGAAGGGCGGUCCUAUGGUUAUCUCGUCGCCUAAAUUGGUAUCAUCAACAGCUAAUGUACCUACUACUCCUCUCACGCCUGAAAAUCAGGUUGAUCAAGGGCCAAGCAAGAGUGUGGAAAAGUCUGCCAGUGGUUCAGGAAGUAAAAUGAGUUUGAAGUGGAAAAAGUUCGCUGGACUGAGAAAUAAAGGACCAAGUGUUUCGGGAAGUGAGGUUGCAUCAAUUCAAUCAAAUGAGAAGAAAUUGUCACCAAAGAAACAGUUACAACAACAACAACAACAUCAGCAACUCGCACAACAGAACAAGCUAUCUCCACCUGAGCAACCUACUCAAAGUGGAUUACAAAGAUCGGCCUCUGCUUCUGCGGCAAGGAAACUUGAGGAGCCAAUCAGUCUAAAACAAAGUGAUCUUCAGGGUCCCCCUUCUGCACCGCCGAAUCUUGACGCUUUCAGAUUCCCUCCUCCGCCUGAAAGAUCUGGACCGCCUCCAUCUACUGCACCUAAACAGAAAGAUAUUCCUUCUCCUCCUAGUAGCAUAGGUCAUUCAAAUGGGCUGAAACAUGUAAUAAGCAAGAUGAAGCGAUCCAAAGAGACUUCACCAAACAAAAUGUCCGACGGUACCGUAACUAUAACUGGUAAUCUUGAAGGUCGAGCUCAAAGUCCCGUGUCAUCACAGGAAAAAGCAACGAGUCCCAUGACUACCAUUGAAAGUGUUGCUCAAUCAAAAGAGAAACAGACGCCAACUUCCUUGGACGAAGAUACAAGAAACAAGUUCAUCGAGGCUGGACGAGCUUUGGGUUUGAGUGAAGAACAACUUAAUUUGAUGUUAGCUGCGAAAGGAAUGGACGGUACCUCUACUGCUCAGCCAGAUGCGACUUCUGUUACUGCUGUUCCCAACCCAGCUUCACACGAGGAGAAGUCAAUUAAACCUGAAAAAGAGAAGAAAGGUCUAUUCCGAUCAUUAUCAAAAGCGCGGAAAGCUCAACCUUCACCCUCACCUGCUCUCGCUCCUGCCGCUCCUAUUCCAGAAUCUUCGACCCCUCAACCUGUUCACGAUAAAGUCGUCGUAAGACGGACGAUGAUUUUACCUGAAGGACUGAACAUAAUUCCUUCCACCCCUCAAGCAGCAUCAACUACUCCACGUUUACCUGAAUCGCCAGAAUCUUCACUUCGUCCUGGCCAAGGAAUUCAGCAACGUAAACAAUCAAUCAGGAGAAAACCAUUACAAUUGAGUAAAGAAGAUCAUGAAUUGGUAGUAUCAAAUUCGCCGCCUGCGCAUAGAAGGAAUUUCUCAUUCUCCCAUGGUUCCAGUAAAAGUGUUUCCGAUUCGGGAGGAAAUACACCUACUAUACCUAAUGGAAGUGGAGUCAAUGGCAGUUCCUCUCAAUCGGCUAUUGGGGACUUGCGUGGUCUGGGUUUCCUGCAUCCUCACACACCUUCAAACAAUAAGUCCGGAUCGGCAUCUGGAUCUGCUCAAUCAUUAUCUCCCAGUCCAGGUGAUUCUUUCAACGAUAAUGAGUCUCAUGCUAGAUCUUCCACAGGUGGAAGUCUGAUUGAUAUGUAUGGGAAUCAGGACGAUGAAGAAAUGCUCGAAUCACCUCAAAAGAGAUCAACUUCGAAUGAUAUGCAUGAUUAUGAAAGAAGAACAUCGGAAGAUAAAAUACCCAAUCAACUGGAUAGGAGAAGGAUGACUCAGGCUGUUGAGAUAACUGAAUAUGCCGAUGGACAAGUCGUUUGGAACAUUGUCGACGCAUUACGAACGUCAGUGGCUGGUUCGGUCGACGGUGAAGAGUAUACAUUUGACGCUCCAAGGCCUCACUCAAGGACGACCAGUUACACCUCCAGCUUGAGAAAAUCAGUCAUCAACGAGAACGAGGAUGUGUUUCAAAUGGCCGGCAGUUCAGCUGGAUGGCCUAGAGGACCUAAUGGUACAUCUUUCAAUGCGGGGACACAAGGGUUGAAUCUCAGACACAGGGAUAGAGACGGACCUCAGAAACCUAGACCUCCCACCGAUGUCUAUUUCACAUCCUCUAGAGAUGUUGCCGACCUCAUCGAUCAUCUAUCGAGAGAUCUUGAUGCCUCGCACGGUCGAAUAGAUAUCAUAUCUCACUCACCAGAUGGAGCCGAAUGGCCACCUUCCAGCUCUUCACCAUUCGUAUAUCCAAAUCAAGAUACAACUGCUAUACCCACACCCACAACACCAGAAAGGUCAAGAUCCCCUAACCCUCAAUUCGAAGAUGCUCCUUCUCCUGCGGCGACUCGAUUGACACCUAGCUUUAUCAGUCCUGGUAGACACUUGUUCGCGGAUCAAAGUCAAAGUCAACUUCAUCACAAUAGGGGACAAAGUUUCAUCUCAGUUGGGACACAUAGUCCAAGCCAAGCUGGAAUGAGCCCUUCAAGUAAAAGUUUUGCUAGCUCAGUCUCUGGACAAGGCAAAAGUGUUGAAGAUCGAUUACAAGCCUUAUUAGAUAGAUUAAAAGAUAGUGGUAUAGGAGGUACCGUCAACUGA